AAAGGAGGGGCUUGCAUCCAGCUCGUCCAGUUACCAGGUAGACUUUAUACCUGGACGACUGAACCUCUGCACGCUCUCAGUUAGCGUUUACUUCUUCCAUUUUAUUCCCGUUAUUAUUAUUAUCAUCAUCAUUGUUGUUAAGUCCCCUCGCUUCGUGGGUCUCCGCGAUGAUUCGUAACGAGAUGACGCCCGACACGGAGGCAGUCUCCCCCACCUGCCGGGCGGACUCUCCCGCCGGGACAAGGUGCCAGGAGACGGCCGAGGAGGCGAGCUCGCCUGCCUCCUCCUCCUCGUCCUCCUCCUCUUCCUCGGGGCUCAACGCAAAGGACAUCUGCGGAGACGCCGCGUUCGUUCCGACCGUCACCGCAAUCUCCUCUAGCCCCGAUUUCCAGUGGAUGGUCCAGCCUACAAUCAUCACAUCUGUCUCCCCGUCUCCGGGUUGCGAGCGAGCCAAUGAGCCGCAGCGCUCUCGCCAGGCGACACCCGCUAGAGAGGGCCGGAACAAGGGGAAGAACGCGGCGAGGAAGGCAAAAGCGGAGCAGCUGUCUCCGGAGGAGGAGGAGAAAAAGAGGAUUAGGAGGGAGAGGAAUAAAAUGGCUGCUGCCAAGUGUCGCAACCGGCGGAGGGAACUGACGGAUACGCUGCAAGCUGAGACGGACAAGCUGGAGGAGGAAAAGGCAUCCUUGGAGACAGAAAUCGCCAACCUCCUCAAAGAGAAGGAGCGCCUCGAAUUCAUCCUGGCCACGCACAAAUCGGUAUGCCAAUUGUCUGAGGGCGUGGCGUUCCAGGACUCCCCCGGAUCCCCAGAAAUCCCACCUAGUCCAGAGGACGACCAGCUUCCGGACGACGGCAUUCAGGAAGCCCCCUCGCUCCAAGACAUGGAGAUCCCCGACGACCCGUCCGCGGCCAUCUCGGGCAACUCCAACAUCCUGUUGUGCGCCAGCGCCGAAAUCAACAUCUGCGAUCUGGAGCCCUCUCUGGACAUUAAGGGAGGGCUCCUGGACUCCAUGCUGCCCGCUCUGGACGACAAGCACCCCGCAGAGACGGCCCGGUCCGUCCCAGACAUCGACCUGAGCAGCUCCCUCGGGGUCUCCGACUGGGAGACCUUGUACAAGUCCGUCUCGGGCGACCUGGAACCCCUCAGCACCCCCGUGGUGACCUCCACCCCGACCUGCAGCAGCUACCUGUCCGUGUUCACCUUCUCCUGUCCUGAGCUGGACUUGCUCACGGAGGGACUGGAGAGCCAUAAAGGUUCCUCGCGACGGAAACAAGAAGUGAGCAAGUUCGCAUCAGCCGCUGUGUGUAUGCGGUACCGGUCCGAGGAAGACUACGUUCAAGAAAGACACGUAGCCAACGACGUGACGAUGUAGCAUGGCUUUUACUUUGACAAGAGUGAGCUCUCCGUUUCAACGCAUGCGCAGACGUUUCCCGGGUCCUUCUCAAAAACAUAUAUCCUGUACAGCAUAUGAAUAUAUAUCAAUAUAUGAUCUGUUGCUAGAUCUAGGGUGUGGUGUGGAAUUUUGACGUGACUGUAGGGUUUUGUGUUUCGGUGUCGGUCCGUGUAUUGAUCGCUAUUAAUGCUGUCGUCACACACACGCAAUCAUUCGUUCUUACCUCAAUGUCACCGACUGUGGUUUUGACCUCAUUGUUGAGAAGGUUUUCCAUGAAAACAUCCAGUGCUAUAAAAUAUAUAUAUAUAUAUAUACAUAUAUAUAUAUCUAUCAAGAUGUAACUUAUGAUUUAUUUUUCUACCUGUCUGAAUUUGUUAAAGUGGGAGGAGACUGAGCAAUUGAGUGCUUAUCUAUGCUGCUGAAUAAUAAUGACCAUAAAUCGACUCUGAGUUGUGUGUUAUUGUGCUACAAUUAGUAGUGAGCGAUCCUACGAAAAAAAAAUUGAGCUUGUAAUAACAAACACUAUAUAAAAAUGUACUGUACUCACUGAUGGUGUAUUGUGGCAUAUUCACCUGACUUCGGCGCAGGCAGCGUGUCUUCAGUUCCUACUCAGUAAAGGUG